AUGAAGGUCGCUAUCGUUGGUUCUGGUGUGUCUGGUCUUGCCGCCACUUGGCUGCUGAACGAGUACACACACCACGAAGUGCAUCUAUACGAGGCAGGCUCACGUCCCGGUGGUCAUGUCAACACGGCAACAUUCGUCCAGCCUGGAAAGGAACCCGCAAGAGUGGAUACCGCAUUCAUUGUUUUCAACCCGAUCAUGUACCCUAAUUUCGUGCGCUUCCUUCAGCAAUAUCCGUCGCUACGUGAACGCAUCAUCUCCACUCUUAUGUCCUUCACGGUGACACGAGACGGGGGUGCAUUUAUGUGGGCCAGCAGCUGCCUUCGGUCAUUCUUCUGUCAGUCUUUCCGAGUGUUCGACCCGCGAAUGUGGCGUAUGUUAUAUGACAUCGUCCGUUUCAACGCCUGUGCACCGAAACUCCUCAUGGAGCCCGAGCCCAUAGAUAGGGACGAAAUAACCGUUGGAGAGUACAUACGGCGGGAAGGCUACUCAGACUUUUUCAAAGACAACUAUCUUAUCCCACUGACCGCCGCCAUUUGGAGUACCCCGCCAGACAAAUGCGCACUUGACUUUCCCGCUCGCACUCUCAUCCGAUUCUUUCAAAAUCAUCAUCUCUUGUCUAUCACAAAGCAGGCAACUUGGUUUACCUUCGAAGGCGGAAGCCGGAUGUAUGUUGAUCACAUCCUCUCCUCCCUACCUGCUGCGCACUUCCAUCUCUCCACGCCCGUGCGCUCCGUGAGCUCCGUUCCGUCGGACCGCACAGAGUCAGGAUCGCCAUAUCAGGUAGAGCUCACAACGGCCGCUGGCGAGCGCGUCUUGUACGACCACGUCAUCCUUGCUUGUCACUCGAACGAAUCACUUCAGAUCCUCCGUAAUGGCGGCGGCGUGACCGCUGAUGAGGAACGGAUAUUGGGCUCCGUUGAGUGGACGCCAAACAAGGUCGUCUUGCAUUGCGAUGAGAGGUUUAUGCCGCCGCGUCGCGACUUGUGGUCAUGUUGGAACUACCUGACCAAGCCAGGGGCAGAUAGCCCUGGGCAGGGGAAGCCGAACGCCACCAAUGUAUCUAUCACAUUCUGGAUGAAUGUACUGCAGCGUCUCCCGAUGGAGCGCCACGGGCUCGUCCUCGUUACAGUCAACCCGCCAUUCGAACCCGACCCCGCAAAGGUCGUAGGCCAGUUCAGCUUCGACCAUCCAGUACUGAGCACCAAGACCAUCCGCGCCCAACAAGAGAUCCCCUCGAUCCAGCGGACGCGCGGCAUCUCCUACGCGGGCGGGUGGAUGAACUACGGCUUCCACGAGGACGGGUUCACCGCGGGCCUGCGCGCCGCGUCUGCGCUGCUCACGGGCGCUCACGCGGACGCCUCCAAGACGAAGGGCCGCGCGCCGUUCCCGAUCGUCGACGCGGACGCGCUGCAGGCACACAGGCCCGUGUGGUACGCGGGCGUGCUCGACGCGGUGGAGACGGUCGGCCUGCGCGGGGUGGUGGGCACGCUCUUCUGCUGGCUCCUCGGCGCCGCGCGGCCGAUCGCCGGCGCGCUGGGCGUCGAAGGUGUGAAGGUGGUGAACGCUGAGCUGCGGAGGGACGCUGCGAGGGGGGUCGUGGGUUGA